AUGAAAACGUCUUGGGAUGCAUGCUUUAAUAUCAUAGGAUGCUUUUUAUGUGGGAUAUUUAUUGGAUGUAUCAUUUGGGGAUCAACUGCGGCAUCGCAAUAUGCAAAAUAUAAAAAUACACGAAAAGAUUAUGCUGCAACAACAUGUCUAAUAUUAAAUUAUACAGUCACUAAACAUACGUGUCAAGACUGUACAAGCAAUUAUUGUACUGAUUAUACAUGUUUCGAUGAACGAUUUUCAUUGAAAUACCCUAUCCCAGAUGGUACUAAUGUCACAAGUAUCUUUUCAAGUUCGGAUAGAGGAAAUCCAUAUCAACAAACACAGAUUGGUUCCAGUUUUACUUGUUACUAUCGUCCUUCGGAUGUUACUUUAAUAAUUUUGGACCUUCCAAAUUUAAAAUCUACGCUAAUUCAAUUAUGCGUUGCUUUUGGACUAACUGGAAUAUGUAUUCUAGUAGUAAUCAUAUCUAUAAUCGUCCAUCUGACUUAA